CGAACGUCACGUUGCGUAAUUAACAUUCACAAGAAAGGCCUUCACCGUAGUAGGAAUCAGUGGGAUGGGAUUUGGAACACUGGGAACAUGGCGGCUGCCUUGGAAAAUGAAUUGGAAGUAGAUAACGAAGAUUAUUAUUCUCUGCUCAAUGUCAGGAGAGAGGCUACUCAAGAGGAGUUGAAAUCCUCGUACAGGCGGCUUUGUAUGCUGUACCACCCUGACAAGCACAGAGACCCUGAGCUAAAGAGGCAGGCUGAGCAACUCUUCACCUAUGUACACCAGGCGUAUGAGGUUCUCAGUGACCCACAAUCCCGAGCCAUAUAUGACAUAUUUGGAAAGAAAGGCCUAGAGGUGGAAGGUUGGGAGGUGGUGGAAAGGAAGAGAACCCCCGCAGAGAUCAGGGAGGAAUAUGAACGUUUGCAGAGAGAGAGAGAUGAGAGGAGACUCCAGCAGAGAACCAACCCUAAGGGGACAAUAAGUGUUGGUAUAGAUGCAACAGACCUCUUCGACCGAUAUGAGGAGGACUUUGAGGAUGUACCAGGAGGAGGUUUUCCCCACAUUGAUAUCAACAGGAUGCAUAUUUCCCAAUCCAUUGAGGCGCCCCUAACCACUUCAGAUACUGCUGUCCUCUCUGGAUCUCUCUCAACACGUAAUGGCAACGGGGGAGGAAAUAUAAACCUUUGUGUGCGGCGUGUGACCUCAGCAAGAGGCUGGGGAGAGCUUGAGUUUGGUGCAGGGGACAUUAGAGGACCUUUAUUUGGGAUGAAAGUGUUCCGUAAUGUAACUGCCCGCUGCUUUGUGACUGCCCAGUGGGGAUUACAGUUCUCCUCACGUGGUGUGCAGCCCAGUGCCACUACAAUGAUGGCCCGCCACCUGGACCAGAACACUAUGGGUUACCUGCAGUGGCGCUGGGGAAGCCAGUCUGCCAUGACCACCAGCAUUGUCAGGGACACCAAAACAAGCCACUUCACGCUGGCCCUGCAGCUGGGUGUUCCUCAUUCCUACCUGAUGAUGAGCUAUCAGUACAAAUUCCAGGAUGAAGACCAGACUAAGGUCAAAGGUUCUAUCAAGACUGGGUUCUUUGGCACUGUGGUUGAAUAUGGUGCCGAGCGCAAGAUCAGUCGCCACAGUGUUCUGGCUGCAACUGUCAGCAUUGGUGUACCCCAAGGAGUCUCCCUCAAAAUCAGGUUGAACAGAGGCAGUCAAACCUACCUCUUCCCUAUUCACCUAACCGACCAGAUUUUACCCAGCGCUGUGUUUUAUGCCACUGUGGGCCCACUGGCCAUCUACUUAGCUGUCCAGAAGCUUAUUAUUAUGCCUUAUGUACGAGCCCAGAAGGAACAGGAGUUGGAGAAGCAGAAGGAGGAUUCAGCUUCAGAAAUUGCUCGGAGGAAGCAAGAGGCUGAAGCUUCCGUUUUGUUGAUGCAAGAGUCAGUGAAGAGAAUUAUUGAUGCUGAGGAAUCUAAAAUGGGUCUCCUCAUUCUAAAUGCUUGGUAUGGCAAAUUUGUGUCAGACAAUAGUCAGAAACCUGAGAGAGCAAAGGUCAUUGAUGUGACUGUCCCGCUCCAGUGCUUAGUGAAAGACUCUAAACUCACCCUUACCGAAGCAUCAAAGGCUGGCUUGCCAGGGUUUUAUGACCCAUGUGUUGGAGAGGAAAAGAGCCUAAAGCUGCUGUACCAGUUCAGAGGAGCAAUGCACCAAGUCUUGUCUGGAGACACAGAGCCUCUUAGGAUACCUAAACAAUCUCAUAGAAUCAGUUCAGAGACAUAGGAGUCUACCACACAUUGGAAGAAAGAGCUCAAUGGACAUCAAAGGAACAUAAAGGGAAAGUCAGACAUCAAGUGAUCUUUAUUUCACAUAGUCACCCGUGUACCACCUUUGUGUCGUCUGUUUCUCUUAUAUCCCUUACAUAUAUCGUCAAUAGGUUGUUUGGUUCGUAUUGUGCAUAAGAAUGAUUUUUGAUUAUUGCUAAUUUGGGAAAAAGGUUUAAAGGGUUAGUUUACCAGAGAAUGAAAAUGUUUCAUCUUCUACUCAACCAUUUUCUCACAAAAAUGCAUGGAUUUGCUCCAGGGGGCGUUUAUUCACCCCCCAGAGCUGUGUGAGGGACGUUUUAUUACAGAUGUGCGCACUUUAUUUCACGUAUUCUGAACUGUUGGCAACAAACACCCGCUUACCCCCAUUGAAAGGCUUGGAAGAGCAAGAACAGUUUUUAUAAUAACUUUGAUUGGAUUUUUCUGAAAGAAGAAAAUCAAAUACACCUCGGCUGUUUCGAGGGUGAGUAGAAGAUGGACAAAUUUUCAUUCUCGGGUGAACUAGCCCUUUAAAUGUAAAACCAAGAAAUCUUAAAAAAUAGGCACCACAUCUUUUUUUUUACAGGAUUCAUUAGUUCUUCCUUCAAUCUGCACUCAAGCAGUAUCAAAGAUAGUUGCACAGUAUAUUCUCCAAAUGUAAAAUACUUAAUGAAGUCAGCAGCAUUAUAUAGUCAGAGUUCCAAUGAAUCGGAAAAAGGACAGGGUGUUGUUUUUAUUUGUUUAGCUUGUCGUUCUUAGCAUCUGGAUCUUUUUGCUUUGAUAGCAACUUUCCUCCGGUUUAGUUUUCUUAAGUUUUACGGACUUGAAAUGUCAGCAGCAAUGGUGUAAAACUACAAUGCCUUUUGGUUAUUGAAUGUGAGAGUUUAAGCAGAGUAUGAAAGCUCUAUGUUCAGAACAGUUUAAUUUUAUUUAAAGGACCAUUAUUUCAAAUGAUCCUGAAAUGAACCCACUGAAGCUUUGUGUUCUUUAAAUGUGCCAUGCCCCUUUUAAUUUUUCAUUGUUUUGUUAGUGCUUUUGUCAGCAAGUGGGCAGUGCCUGCGUUAUGUUCAUUUGUAACUGUCUUUCCUGUUGUACCUUUCAUCUGUUGGGCUAUAAGGGAAAAAAUACAUUUCAACAGCAAAUUAAUUUUGUUGUUAGAGUAUCAACAAUAAUAUUUGCAUUUAGAAUUGAAAAAAUGCAAUCUCCCAGAUUCUUUGGUCUGUUUUAAAUACAUGAACUGCUGACAGGCCAUUUAACCAUUUUGGCAUUGUCUGAUUUGUAAUCAGUGUCGUUUUACCCUGCACGUUUUAGCAUAGUUCAUAUUCAUGUUCAUGGAUUCUUCAAGCCACAUUUUGCAACUUUGAAAGAAACUGGUGUUACAUUCCUACCUAAUGCAAAACCUUACAAAUGUGUAAAUGUAGUCAACCUGAAGAGUAAUUAAAUAAAAAGUGAAGAAACCUA